AUGCUUAACAAAGAUCGUAACCUUUUCUCGCCAUAUCCCAUUCGAAAUGGAAGUUUUAAUUCAACGGAUCUUGAUAAAGUUAAAGUGCCAUAUCCAUUGGGCGAAACUCUUAUCAACAUAUUAAGGAACAAAUUGAAUGAGUCGUCAGGGAGGACACCAAAUUGUUUUAUAUUAUACCGAACACUGUUUACAUAUAUUUUAAGAUAUUAUGGAUUCCGUCUUAGUGCAAGCGAAAUAUCUCGACGAGCAUCGGAGGGUUGGAAAAAACUUGCUGAUCCAGCUAGGCAAGAAUAUGAAAAAAUUGCUAGCGAAUACAUUCCAAAACGUGAUUUUGUGCCUUCUGUUAAGAAUUCGAAGGAUAAAUACAAAUGGCGUAUUUAUACCGAGUUUUCUGAUAUAAAAAGAAAAAAGAACAAUACAUUUGUGAACAAACCUUCAAAACCUAUUGCAACAACUUUAUUACAAGAACCGCCCAUGACAACAAUUAAUGCUCAAGAAAGUACAAUUUUUCCAUAUACAGAGUUGAAUUAUAUUAAUCCAGAAGUCAUGAUAUCUGAAGAGCCUUUUACAAAUAUUUUGUGGGAAGCAAAUCAAAAUCUAAUGUAUCCAGAACUUUCUAUGUAUCCAGAACUUUACAUGAUAAAUUCUUAUGUUUAUAAUGACAUUGACAGUACAGAAAUCGAUUUUCAAAAUACCUGUACUCCGACUACUUUUCAAGAGACAGAAUAUAAUUUUGGAUUAUAA